UAGCAACGAGGUUGGGAAAGAAAAUAAGAAAUGAGGUAACGAGGAUGUAGAAGUUAACUACCGUUGACGUCAGCCAUGUUUUUUUUCCCCCGCCCCUCCACCCCUGUUGGGAUAUUGGCAAGUUGUCAUGACGACAGGGAUGUUCUGCUGAUGAAGUCCCGCUCCUCGUUGUCCAAUCAGAUUGUGGAGUCUAAAACUGCAGUACGAAACAGGAGAGGACGCACCUAUUCCAGUUGCACAAUGCCGAGAAAGGACAGCCCGAUCCUGGACCACCUACGGACGGAAUGGACGAUUUGGGGGAGAGCGUCAAUGGGGCCGCCGUGGCUCGACAAAACACAGCGGGGGUCGAGGAUGAGGGGCUGCCAGGCUAUGGCACAAAGGACCACUCUAAUGUUGACCCAUGGAAAGGAGCUGUCAGAAGAUUGGAAGCGGUCCAGUGUGGGCCACUGGGGAUGGGUUCUGUCUGGAGAGGCUUGUCAAGGAACCAGGCUUGUGUCUGGAUGACAAUGGGACAAGGGGACAUCUGGACCAGUCGAAGACUGACUUUUUCGGUCCAGACUGACAUCGGCCAUCUUGAAAGUGGACUGUAUCUAGAGGAGACUUUUGGAGAAGAGACUGCGGACCAACAUACUGCCAGUGAGUGAAAAGGAGCAGAGAAGCUCCCCCGCGGAUUUAAGAGAGUGAGGAGGAUUACAGUGGAGCUCAUAGCAGGCACAACGGUACACACGGCAACCGGAGCUGGAGCCAUGAGCAGAGCGCUUACAGACCAUAUCAGCAGUAGCUUCCGAGAAGAUGCUCCCCGUCCCCCGGUGCCGGGGGAGGAGGGAGAGGCGUCAUGCCAUACUCCCAGUAAACAUGCCAAAAUGAGAGCCCAAAAUAAGGCUAAAGCUGUCACCGUCGCGUCUCCCUGCUCCACGCCGAGGAGGAACGAGGAUGGACUCGGGGAACCUGAGGGUAGCGCGUCGCCGGAUUCACCCCUCGCCCGGUGGACCAAGUCGUUGCAUUUUCUCCUUGGUGACCAAGACGGUGCUCACCUGUUCAGGACCUUUCUGGAGCGGGAGAAAUGCGUGGACACUUUGGACUUUUGGUUCGCCUGCAACGGUUUUAGGCAAAUGGACCUCAAUGAUACCAAAACGCUGCGAGUUGCCAAAGCUAUUUUCAAGCGGUACAUUGAAAACAACAGCAUUGUUGCCAAGCAGUUGAAACCUGCCACUAAAACCUACAUAAGGGAUAGUAUUAAGAAGCAACAGAUAGACUCUGCGAUGUUUGACCAAGCACAAACGGAAAUUCAGUCAACUAUGGAGGAGAAUGCGUACCAGAUGUUUUUAACUUCCGACAUAUACCUUGAAUAUGUGCACACGGGGUGCGAGAACACGGCUUAUGCCAACCAUAAUGGUCUCGGGAGCCUCAAGUUGAUGUGCGGAUUUCUGCCACCUCUCAUUGAGGAAGAGGAGUGGAGAUGUGACUUGAAGGCGAAAACGUUAGCCUCUGUGGUUGGACUAUCUGCCAAUGCGCUACGGGCCACUGCUUCCAUUCGGACUGCGGCGGAAGUGCUGGAGAAUGGGUACAGGUCACACAGACGCGGAGACGCGGCCAGUCCCUACUUUGUCAACUCGGGCUAUGUGUUCGCCCCCGCCACCAGUGCCAACGACAGCGAGAUCUCCAGCGACACCAUGACGGACGACUCCAUGUCCAUGACCGACAGUAGUGUAGAUGGGAUCCCUCCAUACAAGCUGGGCACCAAGAAGCAGCUCCAGCGGGAGAUGCACCGCAGCGUCAAGAUCAACGGCCUGGUCUCGCUACCCCACUUUCCCAGGACACACAGGCUUCCUAAGGAGAUGACGCCGGUGGAGCCCUUGGCCUUCGCCGCCCAGCUCAUCUCCAGACUGGAGAAACUGAAGAGGGAGCAGGACACCAUGAGCUCCCUGGAGGAGAGGCUACAGCAGAUCCAGGAGGAGGAGGAGAGGGAUGAGAGUGACCUCCCCAGUGCCGUCCCGCUCCACCACCCCCUGCUUCACACCUCGUCCGGCGCCGACGAGGACGCCCAGGCCAUCCUAGACGAGCACCUGUCCCGGGUGCUCAAGACGCCCGGAUGCCAGUCGCCCGGCGUGGUCCGCCACUCGCCCCGCUCGUGCUCUCCCGACCGGCCCUCCGCCGCCUUGGUCCCCUUCCUGGGGCCCUCCUACCCGGGGGCCUCCAAGGGCCCGUUGGCUGGGAGCAGGCAGUCGACCAAGCACAUCCACCACCACUACAUCCACCACCACACCGCCACCGGCCCCAAGAGCAAGGAGCAGAUCGAGGCCGAGGCGGCGCAGCGCAUUCAGUGCCUCUGUCCCCCAGGGGGCGCCGACUACUCAGACUUCACCCUCGGCCACUGCAGCAGUUUGCCCAAGCGGCCGGGGAAGCCGUGCGAAGGAAUACGCCUGAGCCAGGCUAACGGCGGCGACGGGGUCACGUCCCCGCCCCACCUGCCCCUGGACGCCACGGACCGCUCGCAGAACGUCUGGCAGUGGAUCCUGGAGAGCGAGAGGCAGGGCAAGAACAAACCUCACGGCAGCACUCAGGGGCUGAAGAAGAUCCACCUCCCGGACCCCUCCACGCCCAAGACGCUUCCCGGCCGAACGCACUCUUCCUGGGGAGGCGUGGGCGGCGUGGGGGGUCACCUCCGUGGAGGUCACCAUCCGGCCCACCCCUUCAUCCAGGACCCGGCCAUGCCCCCCCUGCCCCCGCCCAACACUCUGGCCCAGUUAGAAGAAGCCUGCAGGAGGUUAGAGGAGGUCUCCAAGCCCCCCAAACAGAGGCAUUCAACGUCCAGCCUUCAAAGAGACAGGAGUCACCCUCUGCCUUUCCCCAGUGGAUACCCGCCUCUGAUCAGCCCCGCACUUCAAACAGACGAGUGGAAAGAGCCAAAGAAGUCGAUUAGCGGCGCGAGCGUGUCUGGCUGUGACCUGGUGGUCACCUACUUCUUCUGUGGUGAGGAGAUCCCCUACCGCAGCAUGAUGAAGACGCACAGUCUCACCCUGGGACACUUUAAGGAGCAGCUUAGCAAAAAAGGCAAUUACAGGUACUACUUCAAGAAGGCCAGCGACGAGUUUGAGUGUGGGGCCGUGUUCGAGGAGGUAUGGGAGGACGGCGCCCUUCUGCCCAUGUACGAGGGCAAGGUCCUGGGUAAGGUGGAGAGGAUGGACUGAUGCCACCCUUAUGCCCACCCUUACCCAACCCUACCUUACCCAUCAACCAAAUACACAACCUCCAGGGCACAGACUGUCGCGAGGAACUGGAGUGAUUGACUUGAUAUUUGGCGGAAACGCUCCAGACUUUCUUUCCUACUAUUAAGCUAAAUAAGAGUUAAUAUAUCCAGCACAAGAGGAGUGUGAUUGAAGGAACACGAGCCAAUGAAGUAUGCCGAACCCAGAAGAGCCCCCCCCCCCCCCCCCCCCCCUGACUGUCUUAACCAAUCAGCCUUAGAAACACAAGGGAACGACACUACAGACAGAGAGAGACGGCGGCUGGAGGCCUCUAGGCUCCCUGAAUUUAACCACUGAAGAUGCAGAUGACUGUUUGUCUAAUACGAGAGACCAACGUUGCGAUUAAAUAGUGGUAACGUUGUGAGAACGUUGCGUCGCUCCCUGGUCGCCUGCAAUGGACUGGCGACAGCGCCACCACCUGCUCUUAUAACGUUGUGCGAAUGUUGUGCAAACGUUGUUACAACAUGAAACGUCUAUACGUGUGCAUAUACAUACCUGAAAAUAUGUGUGUAUAUACAUGUAUUACAUUAUAUUGAUGCGUUCUUGUCAUGAUUUGAAAGUUUGUGUAUUUAUUGAAAAAAUGUCCUCUCCCUCCCUCACCUUCAACUUGUCUACCCAUCACCCACCCAACCCAACCAACCAACCCAACCCACCCAACCCAACCAACCCAACCAACCCACCCAACAAACCCACCCAACCCAACCAACCCAACCCACCCAACCAACCCAACCCUGUCCCCUCAUGUCCAGUUGAUGGACAAGCUGCUUCGAGUAUUGGGAGAAUACUGUGGUGAUUUUUUUUUAAAUGUACCUUGUAAUGUCACAAAGGUCAUGAUACUAGUCUAGUGCCCCCCCCCCCCCUUACCCCUGUCCAACCUCACUGUACCAGGGGUCUGCUGAGACUGAACCUUCCACUGUCGUAGUAAACCAACCAACCAACCCAGUCUUAAUAUAUGCUGCUGCUGAUGUGUUCUCUUCCAUUUGUGAGCCAGAGUAAGAGAGUCGUUGGUUGUCUCUCACUCCAGCACCGAGCUCUAUCCUUUUUUUUUUUUAGGUUGUUGUGCCUUUGUUUGUGGACCAGGCACCACACAGGGAAAGACGCGAAAGAGAGAUGAGAAAAGAGACGCGAAUUAGGAUGAGAUGAACAGAGAGAGGACCUGGAGAAAAGAAGUGUUUACAGUGAGCACACCAAAAUAACCUUGUCGCGCUUCUAUUGAAAUGAACCACCUCUCCAGGAAGCAGCGGCUUAAUAUCGCCACGUUUCAAAACUGCUUCCGUUCCAUAUUUAUUAGCGUUGGAGAGAAAAGAAGAAAAAAACGUUUUUAAGAAAUGUUUCUCCAAUAGCUUUUUGAAUGUUGUGAAAAGGACAUCUUCAAAGACGGAGUUCCUUGUAUACAUUUGUAAUUAUGCAUUUCUUUUGAAGUCUGGAUAAAAGGACACAAACACUGUGGCUAGUGUUUUUAUGAGUACAGCACCUGUGCCUACAUGGAUGCCAUACCAUGUACUACCCUGAAUCAGGGUGUUAAUAAUUAUUCCCUUGGUUUUCAGAAGGGCUUUUUAUGUUGAAAAUAUUAUAUUUUUAAUGCAUUUAAUAGUAUCCUGUAAUCAUGUCAUUUGGUUUUUACGCCCCGGCUUUUGUGUUGUUGUUUUGUUCCAUCUAAACUGUAAAUUAUACAUUAUAUACAGAGUUUCAUUUAAAGAUUUACAUGGACCUAUAAUUAUUGUAAUUAUUAAGAGAUUGUAGCCUUUAUUAAAAGUUUUACUAUUUUUCAAAUGAAAA